AUGAAUAAACCCAAUUUUCCAGAUGAACACUUAUCAGAUUCACAUGAUCCCAGGAAACCUCCAGGGAAGAAAACGUCUUUAAGUCUCCACAGUUCCAGGAUUUCUCUCCCUGCAUCUUAUUUCCUCAUUUGCAUCUCUAUACUCCUUUUGCACCAUGCUGCAGUUCUCCUGGGACAUCCCCAGUGCCUGGAUUAUGGUCCUCCUUUCCAGCCUCCUUUCCAUCUGGAGUUUUGCUCUGCCUAUGAAACAUUUGGCUGUUGUGAGCAAGAGAAGGACAACCACAUUGCUGCCAAAUACUGGGACAUCAUGGAUUACAUUGAUCCUCAAGCCCAAAAACUAUGUGGAGGAUUCAUCAAAGAUAUCUUGUGCCAGGAAUGCUCGCCUUAUGCAGCCCAUCUCUAUGAUGCUGAGAACCCCCAGACGCCCCUUCGAAAUCUCCCUGGCCUUUGUUUUGACUACUGCUCAGAAUUCCACCUCUACUGCCGUUCUGCAAUCACACUGCUUACAGAUGACAGGCACAUUCAAGAAUGGUGUGAGAAGAACAGGACCCAAUUCUGCAACAUCUUAAACAUUCAGGAUAAAGACUAUUGCUUUCCUGAUGUAGUGAAGAACACUGACCUUAAUAAUAAUUUGGGUGUUGUGGUGGCAGACAAGAAAGGUUGCCUUCAGUUGUGCCUCAAAGAAGUGGCCAAUGGGCUGAGGAAUCCGGUGCUCAUGGUGCAUGCCAAUGACAAUACCCAUCGGAUGUUUGUAGCUGAACAAGUGGGCCUUGUGUGGGUUUACCUCCCAGAUGGAAGUAGAUUAGAAGAACCUUUUCUAGACAUUAAGCAAUUGGUGCUGACUACCCCCUGGGUUGGGGAUGAGAGGGGCUUCCUUGGGAUGGCUUUUCAUCCCCAAUACAAAGAAAAUGGGAAAUUCUACAUCUAUUACUCCUACCAGGACAAGAAAAAGGUAGAAAAAAUCAGGAUUAGUGAACUGAUGGUCUCCACAGCUGAUGUCAACAAGGCGGAUAUAACCACAGAAAGGAAUCUCUUAGAGAUUGAACAACCAGCUGCGAAUCAUAAUGGUGGAGAGAUCCUGUUUGGGCUAGACGGUUACUUGUAUCUGUUUACUGGAGAUGGAGGGAAAGCUGGGGACCCUUUUGGUAAAUUUGGAAAUGCUCAAAACAAGAGUAGCUUAUUAGGGAAAGUUUUACGGAUUGAUGUGGAUGGAAAAGGUCCCCAGGAGAGGCCCUACCGCAUUCCCCAUGAUAAUCCUUUUUCCUCGGAUCCCAAAGCUCGCCCUGAAGUCUAUGCAUAUGGUGUGAGGAACAUGUGGCGCUGCUCUGUGGAUCGUGGAGAUCCACUCAGUCACAGGGGAAAGGGACGAAUUUUCUGUGGAGACGUCGGCCAGAACAGGUUUGAAGAAGUGGAUAUAAUUAUUAAAGGCGGGAACUAUGGUUGGAGAGCCAAGGAAGGGUUUGAGUGCUAUGAUACGAAACUGUGUCAAAAUUCCUCACUAGAGGAUGUACUUCCAAUAUUUGCUUAUGGACGUUCUGUAGGAAAAUCAGUCACUGGUGGAUAUGUUUAUCGAGGGUGUGAAUCUCCAAACCUCAAUGGUCUUUACAUUUUUGGUGACUUUAUGAAUGGUCGACUUAUGGCUUUGCAGGAAGAUGAGAGAACAAAUACAUGGAAGAAACAAGAUAUUUGCAUUGGUAGCAUAAAAGCCUGUGCUUUUCCAGGGCUCGUGAGUUCGUACAGCAAAUUUAUCAUCUCUUUUGCAGAGGAUGAAGCAGGUGAACUUUAUUUUAUGGCUACAUCUUAUCCAAGUGCCUAUGCUCCAAAUGGCUCAAUUUACAAAUUUGUGGAUCCAGCAAGGAGAGCUCCACCAGGAAAAUGUAAACAGAAGCCGGUUCCAGUGAAAACAAAGAGCAAGCGGAUCCCAUUUGUUCCAACUGCAAAAACUGUGACUGAACUGAUCAAAGAGCGCCUUACAACCCAGUCUUCCAAAACAGUUGUCCGUUCUAAAGAAUAUCCCCCUACUUCUGGCCAGAAACGGAAGAAGCCUGCAUCCCAUAGAAACUCACAGAAGCAUGGAUCAACAGAUCCUACACGUUCUGGUAAAAAGCUGCCAACAGCACAGCGUCCCAAAGGCCGGGGUUCCCAAGCCAAAUCUGGUGGGCAAACACCAAAGGAGAAAGCACCAGUCAUCCCUGGAGCAAGAACUCAGUCACCCCAGAAGAGAAGAUCACAAUUACCUGGAGCACUGAAAAAACUUUCACCGUCUCCAAAGCUGAAGCCAGCAGUUAAGGAGAAAACACCGAAGAAGGGAAGGAAGAAGAAAGAAAGGGUCAGUGCAAGAAGUUCUGUUUGAACAUCCAAAAUGCUGCCAAGAAUCAAGAGAAGGGAAUCUGGAGGGGAUUGCUUAGUGACUCAUUUUAUGUCCAAGAAAGUGAAUCAGAAUGGCAUAUAG